CCUGUGAUUCCUUCAUAUCAAUAGAGUUAAUUAAUUACUUGAUCUGUUUUUAUUGUUUUGAAAUUGGAAUCAUGAAUGAUGCAGAUGUAUCGAAACAAAUACAACAAAUGGUUGCAUUUAUUCGGCAAGAAGCCGAAGAGAAAGCCAACGAGAUCUCUGUCUCUGCCGAAGAGGAAUUCAACAUUCAUAAAAUGCAAAUAGUUGACACCGAUAAGAAGAAAAUCAAACAGGAAUUCGAGCGCAAGACAAAGCAAGUGGAGGUCAAAAAGAAAAUUGAAUACUCGAUGCAGUUGAACGCAUCGCGGAUCAAAGUUCUUCAAGCACAAGAUGAUCUAGUAACCAGCAUGAGAGAUGCUGCUAGCAAGGAGCUUCUAAAUGUUUCUCAUAACAAAAAGACAUAUAGAAAGCUUAUUCAAAGCUUGAUUGUCCAGAGUCUACUAAGGCUAAAAGAGCCAUCCGUAUUGUUGCGGUGUAGAGAGGUUGAUUUGUCUCUUGUUGAAUCCGCUAUAGAGGAUUCUAAAAAAGAAUAUGCUUCGAAAGCAAAAGUACAAGCGCCGAUGAUCAAUAUAGACAAAACCGUGUUUCUCCCACCGCCUCCAACUAGUGGCGACCCUCAUCGUCCUUCAUGCUCGGGUGGUGUUGUGUUAGCUUCUGUGGACGGGAAGAUUGUUUUUGAGAACACCCUUGAUACCCGACUCGAUGUUGCUUACCGCAAGAAGCUUCCCGAGAUUCGCAAGAUCCUUUUUAAGGAGUAAUUGGACAUUAUCUUGGCAAAUAUGAGGGCCGAAUAACAUAUGACGAUUGGAAAACUGAAAAUAAGCAAUUCAGUGAGUUUCAUGAGACUGAGUUGAUUUUUUCUAUUAUUAGUUUAAUAAAUAAGAUGGAUCUUUG